UUGAAUUUUGAUUCAAAAAUUUAAUGUAUCACGGAUCGCAAGUGAUCGCUGUUGCCUGUGUUUAUUUCAGUGUAGUGCGAUAUAAAUCGGCUGCAGGGGGCGGAUGGCUUUAAAACUAGACCAUUAGAUAUUAUUCAAUACAUAAUGGCUAUGUCAAAAGGCUUUAAAGUGCUAGAGAAGUCAGCACCACCGAAUCCUUACAGUAUAAUCUUACAGCACAGAAAUAAAGAUACAGCUCUUUUAUUCGAAUCGCAAGCUGUUGUUUCCCUGUCUUCUCAAGAAACAGAUACUUUACGUAAACAAUAUCACAAAAUAGCAGACGCCUAUGGGUGUUUGGGAGUUCUUCAACUAAAUUCCGGCGAAAGUUGUAUGCUGUAUCUUGUUCUUGUAACGGGAUGCAGCUCUGUCGGCAAAGUGGGUGACAAUGAAGUAUUUAAAAUAACGCAAUCUCAAUUUUUACCACUAUUUCAUCAAACACAGGGAGAAGAUAAGGUUAGUGAAGUAAGAAAAUUAUUAAACUCUGGAACAUUUUAUUUUUCUUGGAAUUCAGGUAAAACCAGUGAUAAUCUUUUUGAUCUUACAUUGUGCGCCCAAAGAAAAGCUAAAGGAGCCAGUCCAGAUAACAGAUUCUUUUGGAAUAGAACCUUAUUCAUCCAUCUUAUUAGAUUUGGAAUUGAUUGUGAUGACUGGCUUACCCGUGCAAUGUGCGGAUCUGUCGAAAUUCGCACAAUUUAUGUCGGCCAUCGUGUGGCAAGAGCAGUAUUAAUUUCUCGACUCAGUUGUGAGAGAGCUGGAACUAGAUUUAAUGUUAGAGGUUGCAAUGAUGAUGGUAAUGUUGCAAACUUUGUUGAAACUGAGCAAGCUAUUUAUGUGGAUGACUCUGUUUCCUCAUAUAUACAAACAAGAGGAUCUGUCCCCCUUUUUUGGGAGCAACCAGGUAUACAAGUAGGUUCACACAAAGUUAAAAUGUCCCGAGGGUAUGAUGCAUCCACAAGUGCAUGUGAAAGACACUUUUCUCAGUUAAAACGUAAUUAUGGAUCUAUUUUUGUUGUAAAUCUGCUUGGAUCAAGUAUGAUAGGAGGUACAGAAGGAGAAGCUAAUCUCAGCAAUGCAUUCCAAAGGCAUUUAAAUGAAUCUGCUCAUUCUGAUAUAGUUCAGAUUAUUUUUGAUUAUCACCAGGAAGUGAGAGCUUCUUCAAUAGAAUCGGCCUUGGGGAAAUUUAAAAAGUUUGUAGAAAAAUACUAUGACAGCAUCAGCAUAUUUAGCGCUAAAGGUGUUGAUAUUUAUAAUGUGCAAAAAGGUGUAAUAAGAACUAAUUGCUUGGAUUGUUUAGACAGAACAAACUCCAUACAGACAUUUAUUGGCCUAGAGAUGCUCGCAAUACAGUUAAUGUUACUUCAAUGCAUUGAUAAAAAACAAAAUGUUAAUAGAUUUGAGGAAGUUUUCAAACAAAUGUGGAUUAAUAAUGGCAAUGAGAUAUCCAAAAUAUAUGCUGGUACCGGAGCCAUUCAGGGUGGUUCCAAAUUAAUAGAUGGGGCGAGAUCUGCUGCUAGAACAAUCCAGAAUAAUUUGCUAGACAACUCAAAACAAGAAGCAAUAGAUAUUUUAUUGUUAGGUUCAACGUUAAAUUCAGAACUUGCCGAUCGUACCAGGAUACUAUUGCCUUCAAAUAUUUUACAUACAUCUACAGCAGUGCUGCGAGAGAUGUGUCGCAGAGCAAAUGAGUUUACCCAACCGAGUAGUAUCCGUAUUACAAUUGGCACUUACAAUGUCAAUGGUGGAAAACAUUUUAGAAGUCUAGCUUACAAAGAUGUGUCAUUAGCGGAUUGGUUGUUGGAUUGUCCGAAUUCUUCACUAGUAAAUACUGUGAACCUUAAAGAUCAUCCUUCUGAUAUAUUUGCAAUAGGCUUUCAAGAAAUUGUUGAUUUAAAUGCCAGCAAUAUAAUGGCAGCAAGUUCUGAUAAUGCAAAAGCAUGGAGUGAAGAACUAGAAAAAGUACUGUGUCGAGAUGCAUCUUACACUUUGCUCUCGAGCCAUCAAUUGGUUGGAGUUUGUUUAUUUGUUUUUGCUAGAAAAGAUCUUAUACCCCACAUAAGGGAUGUUGCAUUAGAUUCAGUUAAAACAGGACUUGGUGGAGCAACUGGCAAUAAGGGAGCAGUAGCUAUUCGCUUAGUUAUUUAUGGUACAUCACUUUGCUUUGUUUGUGCUCAUUUUGCUGCUGGACAAUCUCAAGUAAGUGAGCGCAAUGCAGAUUAUACAGAAAUCACUCGAAAAGUUGCAUUUCCCAUGGGUCGAUCUUUGUAUUCCCAUGACUUUGUAUUUUGGUGUGGUGAUUUUAAUUAUCGCAUCGACCUAGAUAAAGAAGAAACAAGAUUAUUGGCAGCACAAAAUAAUUUACAAAGGCUUCUGGAACAGGACCAACUAACUCGUCAAAAAUCGCAAGGUUUAGUUUUCAAAAAUUGUUUUGAAGGGGAAAUUACUUUCCUUCCCACAUACAAAUAUGAUUUGUUUAGUGACGACUAUGACACGAGUGAAAAAUGUCGUGCGCCAGCUUGGACGGAUCGUGUUUUAUGGAGAAGUAAAAAGCAUACGAUUGACCCUGAAUCAACAUCACAACUAGCCGCCGGUAAAUUACUUCACUAUGGUAGAGCUGAACUGAAACAGAGUGAUCAUCGUCCAGUAAUAGCAAUUUUGGAAAUAGAGGUAUUACAAGUCAGUUAUACAAAAUGUAUGGAAGUAUUUUACGAAGUUGUUCAAGAUCUUGGACCUCCUGAUGCUAGCAUUAUUGUGCAACCAGUCGAAGAUAUUGAUAGUGAUGAUACCAUUUUUGAUGAUAACUUAAUGGCGAUAAUAUUACAAGAAUUGGCUACAUUUGGCGAAGUUACUUUAGUGCGUUUUAUUGAUGAUCAUACACUCAGUAUUACUUUCAGAGAUGGACAAAAUGCACUAGCCGCAGCUCAAAAAGGCACCAUAUCAUCAUCUGUAAUACCCUUGCGCGUUUCGCUUAAAUCGCCAAAUUGGAUAGAAAUUGUGAGAUCUGAAGUGGGAUUGUGUACUAACAAUACAAUCCCUUUAUUUGGGGAAGUUCCUGCUGAGCGUCCCCUACGUUCGGCACCUCCCACUCCUCGACGACAACAACCUAGUAGGCCCCCUGCACCUUCUCCAACGCCACUUAUUCCAUCCCGCGCGCCGGCAGCUUGCCCUGCGAGACCACCCCGACCGGCUCCAAUAACACCUGAGCCUCUUGUAUCUCAAAGUUCGUUAAGCUCUCCUCCGGCGGAAAUGAUGCCUCCCCCAUCGUGCGCUCCGCCCCCGCCGCCGCCCUCCAGCAACACUCCCCCUCCGACGGGCCCGCCGCCGCCUGUACCCGCACGCCAAGGCGCUCCACCACCUUUGCCUGCGCGUCCACGACCAGUUAGCUAAACUACUUUGCCAAAAGAUAGAUGCUUAAAAUGCAAAGAACGCGAUAUCGUCAUUUAAAUAUCCGUUGACUUAUAUUUAUUUCGUUAUUAAUUGGUGUAUUAUGUAUUGGCUGUGAUGUUUAUUGCAUAUGAAAUUAUAGCAAAUGUAUACAUCGAAAGUUUCUUAUAUGUAUAAGUAUUAUAUUUGUUCCUACUUUUGGUUCUUGAUGUUUUUCUAUUCGGUUUUGCACUUAUUUUGUGGUUGAGUAAUCCGUCGUUUUCCAGAACACUUUUAAAUUAUUUUAAAUAGAUGUCCUGAGAUUUUUUUUAUAUUUUAUGAUUUUAUCCAUUAUUAGAUUUUAUUCAUUAUUUAUCUGAUAAAAUGAUAUAAGUAAUUUGUAUCUAAUUGAUAAUUAUUGAUAAUAAACCUUCUUUGGUUUGUAAAGAAAUUCACAUUCCUUGUGUGAAUUAAAAUUUUAUUAUUUUGUACCUUUUUUUAUAUCAGCAAUGAGCAAUAUACGCAUUUAUGUUACGCGAGUUUUAUAUGUUUAAAGGAUCUUAUCCUUGAUCUCCUUUUUUAUUUUUGUUUUAUUUAGUUCCUACUUACUUUAUUAUUUUUAUAAAAAUGUACUAUGUCUAAUGUCUGUCAAUUUUGUUUAAGUACUUAUAGUUUGUGCUUAUCGCGAGAACAGUAAAAUUUAUCUAUAAGAAGUAAUCAUAGUAUUAAGAGCUAUUAUUUCAAUAUUAACAACAUAAUAUAUGAAAUUGAGAUGUUAAAUGCAAUAUGAACAAAACUAUUUAUGUUAUUUAUAAAAAUUAGGAUUGUUUAAAUGUAGGUAGUUGUAGAAGCUUUUGAUAUAUCAUGUAGAUUAUGGUGAUUAAAAUAUCAUAAUUAUAAUAUAUAUACGUAUAUCAUAUAAAAAUAUCAAACAUGCUAUGCUGAUGUAGAGUCAGUGGCUAUUCGUAUUUGUAGAGAAACGUAGUUGAAAAUACACAGAUCCAUUGUUAACAAUUUAUUAUAUUUGGACCUAUGUACUACAUGCAUGUACGUAACGUUUAUUCCUAUUGUUAAAAAAAUAUCUACCGUUUUCCGAUAAAUUCAUUUUAAAUAAAAUCAUUAAACUUUUAAAAAUAAAUGAUGUUUGUUAUACGUAGAUACAGAUAAUUGUGUGUUUUACUAAAUGUUGGACAUAUUACGUAUUUACCCGUGUAACCAUUAAUAUUGUUAUUGUUAUACAUAAGCUAAAUCAUGUAUGCAUUUAUUAGAAAUGUUUUACGAGCAUUUAUCGCUCCAAUGUUGAUUCAGAUAUAUUUAAUGCGUGUGCACUUAAUUCACUUUACACUAAAUAGUUUUAUUUUUGUUGUGUUAAUGUUAAUAAAUUCAUAGACGACA